CGCGGCUCGAGCUUGGCUCAGCUAAAAGUUAAGCUCAACGAGCCCAGGUUGGAACGAGCUUCUUCAGUUCUGUCGUGGUUGCGUUUUGAAAUGGUCGAAAAAGUGUGAGCCAGAAGAGGCGAGUGAGGGCAUAAGACUGAGUGGUUGAAGAUAGUGUUGGAUUUAAAAUUUGGGAUUUAAAAUUUGGUGAAAGAUGGAUAAACCACAGAAAAGUAAAAAAGUUGAUUCACUUCGAUGUCGCAAGAAAAUAAUGUUGAAGCGGUUAAGUCUUCUCGGCUUGGUACUGGUAACGGUCGGCGCGCUGUUCUGGAUUGCUGGCCUGUUAAGUGUUUAUCUAACGAAUACCUUUUCAGCACCCAAACCAGUUUCUUUGGAAGGAAAUUCGUUUAUUUUCACAUAUCGCAGUGAAAUUCAUUCUACCUCAUCCAACAGUAUCUCCGAUGUUGUGCUAGAACCUAUUCGGAAUCUGCUGAGUAGUGUUUUUAACUUGUUGGGAAUACAAGCGGAGCACAACAACAGAAACAAAAGAGACAUCGAACAAGAUAAUCGAAUAUCACUAGUUGAUCACAACCAACUCGAUAAAGAAGAGGAUCAAUCAAACGAACAUGGUUUUGUUGCUGUAUCUCCCGAAGUGGUUACUCAACCGAAACGUACCUUACGAAUUUUGUAUGCUCCUUUAGAAAAUGAACAAACUCAACACAAUGAUAUUAUUCGAUCAUUGAAACGGCGAAAACGACGGUCCUUACGCGAUAAACGUUACGCUUCAGCUAUCAAAGAGUUAGAAAAUGAGUACAGCCGAUGCAAAAAGGAAAUUCCGAAAGAAAGAGACUGUGAGAAAAUUUAUGAAAAGUUGAAAAAGCUCUCCGAAGGCAUCAACAAGAAUUUCAUUGCUAUGAGCAAUCUGAUUCAUGACUUUCAAGAUAAGCAAUCUGCUGAUCUGGCAAAGGAACUGAGUGACAGCUUUCCAAAGAAAGAUCACAAGAAAUACAAGGAAGAUCAAAAUUCAGAUGAAAACGGUGAGAGAAAAACUAUGAAAAAAGAUAAACCGGAUGUAGCGCAACCGUCCAAUUGGCCAACAGUUCAUGCAAUGCCAUCAAAUAUGCAGCUAGUCACUGAAACUAUGGGCACUACCACAAGUCUUCCGUCAUCUCAGCAAAAAGGUAAUAGCACACUUCAAGUAAACAACGCAACGCUCCGUGCCGAUGUACAAACAUUGGAUGAUUUAAUCCAAUCUAUUAAAUCAACCUUCAUGAAUGAUUCUAAACAGUCGGAACAUUUCAAUCCAGCUUACCACAAUCCGGUAACAGUUGAUUGCGUCAAAAAUCUAGAUCAACUGCUUGAAACGUUAGAAGAGUUCAAAACCGGGAACGUCACAAAUAAGAAUUGUACAAAAACCAAUCAUUCAUCGACACCUGCUCCCGGUGAUUUUAGAUUUGCCAAGCCAAGCCAUUCAACAAAUUCACCGUAUAAAGCAGAAGACCAUCGACCGCAUGUCGACGAAUGCAUUCAAACGUUGGACGACUUGAUGGAUACCGCUCUAUUCAAAAAGUCUCGUAAAUGCAGUCCCAAAGCACCAUCCAGUCCGCAGAGAAACAUCCCGGAUACGACCAUCGAUACUCUACAUAGCCAAUUUGGGCAACCCGCGCACCCGAUUCACGAGGAGCUGGGCGAUCACUCGACGGAACCACAGGACAUUCAUGACUUCAUUAUGGCACGUUCCCGCAACCGUUAUCAAUAUAAUCACGAUUAUGUGGAUCAUAGAUUUCCAACCACGAUUGAAGCACCGGACAGUCGCACAACAAAGCAGAUGGCCACGUUAGGAGCGAGUGGACCAUUUCUGGAACUUUGCAAUCAAUUCCGCAACCAACCCAGCCAGCAAGGGCCCCUCAAGACGGUUUCAAGCAAUCAUCACAACUUCCAGGCUCAACAGUUUGGUCCAGGUGGAUUUGGGCAACCGAAUAUACCCAUAACUGGUGAAACGCUGAAGGCAUCUUCGCACGUGUCUUUCAAUUCGGCUUACGGAGGGUUUGUUCCCAAUCACUUUUGCUUUUACCAAAUGCCUCAGCAAUACGGAGCUGUGAGACCAGGGUACGGUGGAGUUCAAACUAAUCCUGGCGGCAUAAUCAACGUUCCAGUCAACAUCCACAAUAUCCCGGGCCAACGGUCUGCUGGAGAAAUACCACCUGGUUCCCAGCUGAUUUGUAACAUUGUACCAGCAAAGGCGACUACUGAAAGUUACCAGUCACGAGCGAUCAGUCAGCCAACUCCAAACGAUGACGGCAUUGAGCCGAGAAUUACGAGCGGAAAUGUUUCAGCGGGAACCGAACCGACACCACAUCAAGACUCGCUACGAGCUCACGGAAACCGACGACGCCACUGUGUACGUGGCUGGAUUCCCUGCGCAAAUGGACAACAGUGCAUCCGGAACACAGAGUGGUGUGACUCAAAAACCGACUGUCUGGAUGGAAGUGAUGAGAGUCAUUGCUCUUGUCUGUCGCGCAUUUCGGAGAAACGACUUUGCGACGGUUAUGCCGAUUGCCCUCUCGGGGAGGAUGAAAUGGGAUGCUUUGGAUGUGACAAAUUUUCCUUCUCGUGCUUCAGCAACGCUGCGGAACAUGAUGCUGCGCACAAGUCCGGGGCGAUGUGUUUCACAGCUAUUGAAAAGUGCGACGGGUUUGACAACUGCCUGAACAGAAAAGACGAGCACGAUUGUACCAUGCUGGUGAAGGAUUUAGGUAGUCCGUUGGCUUUUGCAGUCGGACACAGCCACGGUAUUUUGCACCGAAAUCAUAAAGGAAAAUGGUAUCCCGUUUGCCACAAUCCCACCGUGUUAGCUCGGGAUGCAUGCGAGUCUGAAAUUGGCCCACUCGAUCACGAUCCACAAAUAACCCAACGCCAAGGUCAUCUGGCGGGGCCAUUCAUCCAACCGAGUUUGCAAAGUCCGCACGUGUUCCAUCCCGAGUUUCUUGAAACGUGCAAUGGGUUCUUCACCUACGUAGUUUGUCCACAGCCCAAGUGUGGCACCACCAAGUUGAACGAGUUCCCUAGUGCACGCAUCAAGAUCCGCAACAAACGUGCCAACGCUGAUGAAGUCGUGGAAAGUACCCGAAUUGUGGGUGGGUCAUACUCCGAACCCUCCGCGUUCCCAUUCAUCGUGGCCAUUUUCCGAGACGGUAGAUUCCACUGCGGCGGUAGCAUCUUCAAUGAACAUUGGAUAAUAUCAGCGGCACAUUGCUGCGACAACUACCACAAGCAUUACUACGAACUUCGAGCUGGAAUGCUCCGGAAGCACAGCUACGCCGCUCACGUGCAAGUGUCGCUGGUAACGCAUGUGAUCGUUCAUCAGGGUUACAGCGCUGAGAAGAUGAUCAACGACAUCAGUCUAAUGCGCUCAGAUCGUCCGUUCGGCUUUAACCGAUGGGUUCGGCCUAUCUGCCUACCGGACAGACAUCGAACAACCAACGAUCGCGACUGGAAGUGGGGACCAAAACCGGGAACACUUUGCACGGCCAUUGGAUGGGGAGCAGUCAGAGAACAUGGAGGGGCACCUGACCACCUCAAGCAAGUAACGGUUCCAAUUUUAAGCUAUUGCAAACACAAGUCAGAUCGAGAAGGACUAGAAAUUUGCGCUGCAGAGGAAGACGGCGGCCAGGAUGCUUGUCAGGGUGACUCUGGUGGACCGUUCGUGUGUGUAAGCAUUACGAAUCCACACGAAUGGUACUUGGCCGGUGUAGUGAGCCACGGAGAAGGAUGUGCAAGAGCAAACGAACCGGGUGUCUACACAAGAGUGUCACUGUACAUCGAAUGGAUUCACCAAAAAGUUCAUGAACCUCCCCCACACAUGACUGCCCGUCUUACAUGUCCCGGAUUCCACUGUACUUGGGGUUCUCCAGUUUGCCUGCCAGUCGAAAAAAGAUGCAACGGAGUUGUAAAUUGCCUGGGUGGAGAAGAUGAGCUUCACUGCCCGUUAGACCAAAUGACUGGUAUUUUUUUGAACCGUACUACUACGGAAAGUGCAGCAAAUGCUACAACUUCUGUCCCAACCACAUCGAAAAGUUCAACCACAAAACCUGCAACAGCAAGGGCAGAAGAACCAGUGGCACAAUUGUCAGCGAUUGCAUCAAGCGACAUUAUUGUUUCACCAGUUGAUGAUAGUACACCAAAGUCGGAGGUCAAUGAACAGACCACAACUUACAAAUCGACACUUACAAACACCACCAGUCGCAGUGUUACGACGGUACAACAAACGACUUUAUCGACCACUACCGGCAAAAGUGCCACGUCUGUCAAUCACACAACUGUAAGUGAUACAUCGAUACAUACAUCAACCAUUCGUACAAGAGAAGCUACAGAAGCAGUAAUAGGAGUUGCUAAAAAUCUAUCAACGACAGAAUCUACCAGUACAACUGCUUCAACUACAGCUGCAGACACAACUCCAGUUACCGAACCUGUGUGGAUUCAGGUGAACAAAACAUUGACAAAUUUACAUCCUCAUGUGCCGUCAAGCCGCCUGACCAACGAGAACACAACUGAAGAGUCGGUACAAUCACCGAUGGAUGAACAAGAUCAAGAACAGUUCACCACGGAAGCAACUCUCGAAACGACGAUUCAACCUCUUCAAGAAAUCACUGAAACGUCCACCCAAUUAGAAGCUCAACCCAUUGAACCCAUCCAUCACGGCCACGAUCUAGAACAGAGUGAAACCCAAAUCCGAGAAUCGACUGGAAUCGCACAACUACAUCCAUUUUUCGGACAGCUGGUGGACAUGCACGAGGCCAGGCAUCGACGCUUGAAUCAGUUCCGGCUGUCGGCAAACAAUUUGCACACGUCUUUGAAAAACUAUUCAAACCUCAACGAAACAUAUCGUUACAAGCGGUUCAGUUGUAAAAACAUUCAUCAAACCAUUAAUUUGGCCCAUUACUGUGAUCGAGUCAUCGACUGUGAGGACGGAACAGAUGAGAUGAAUUGUACAUGCCGAGACUAUUUGCAGAACAAGUACAACUUUUUGAUCUGUGACGGAAAGACGGACUGUCUAGAUCAAACCGAUGAAAAAGAUUGCUUUUCUUGCCUAGCCGGACAAUAUUCGUGUAGAAUGAGUAAAAUGUGCAUCGAUGAGAGGCAGUAUUGCGACGAUAGCCCACACUGCCCUCUCCACGAAGAUGAACUGGAUUGUCUUGCACUGACCAACGGCCGCCGAGUUAUUUUCGAUGCGAACGGACUUUCAAUGUUUAACCAUGAAGGAUUUGUUACGAAAAAUACAAAAGGCGUAUGGAAUGUGAUGUGUGGAAUAGAGAUCACGAACAAAACAGCCGAAGCAGUUGGGAAGAUUUGUUCAAUACUUGGAUUUGCCGGAUACUUAAACUACUCCAACGUAAUACUGGGUGACACCGAGACUGAUUUAUCAUUCGAUACGAAUUCUCUUCUGAUCAAGUCUUACCAAAACGUGUCCUCGGAGCCAAACUGCAAGGCACUGCGAAUCGUUUGCGUUCCGUACAUCAACGCUACCGAGCACGAAAUUAGCCACUUUGAAAAUCAGCACAAAGAGCUUCCAGUACAGAUCAACAUUCAUCCAAAGAAUCCCAUCGAAAAUCCGCAUUUACAUCCGCAUAUUACGUUCCAUGAAAAUGCACACAUUGAGAUUAUCGAGAAUUUCGGAGAUGAUUAUGACUGGCCGUGGAACGCGGACAUUUAUUUUGAAGGAUUGUUCCUGUGCAGCGCCGUUGUGAUCGACGUCAAUUGGAUUAUCGUGGACAGUUCGUGCAUGAGAUUAAUCAAUCUGAAGCACGACUAUAUCUCAGUGGUAGUCGGAGGAGCCAAAUCGUACUUGAAAAUAGCUGGACCGUACGAACAAGUUUCGCGUGUAGAUUGCUACCAUUUCUUGCCUGAAGCAAAAGUGGUAAUGCUACAUUUGGAGAGGAAGCUAAAUUUCACUCGCCAUGUACUUCCAACGUUCAUCCCUGAAAAAAAUCACAACAUCGAAGACAAUCAGUGUCUAGCCGUUGGCCAAGAUAAGCUAGGUAGGACUCGAACUCUCAGAGUGCAUCUCAACAUGACCGACUGUACCCCAGAAAAGCAUAUUUGUUAUCAGCGUGAUCCUCAGCGUGACUACUACCAUGCAGAGCACUGCUAUUCUGAAGCUGCAACCCGUUCCGGUGUAAUCGUUUGCAAAACUAAACUUUCCGGUUGGUAUCCGGUCGGCUUCUACCAGAACAAACACGGCCUUUGUGGAUUCAACGACGUUGUUAAAAUAAUUUCACUAAAAGAGUUUUUCGAUGACAUACAGCACGUGUUGGGCCAUCAAAAGUGUGACUAUGAAUUCAAUUCACCUCCGUGCGCGGGAACACGUUGUCGGUAUGGAAAGUGCAUCGAAAAGGCGAUGCUCUGCGAUGGAAAGCUAGACUGCAACGACGGUUCUGAUGAACUGCCGGAAUUGUGCGCUAACCACAACUCAACUAUCGCCGCGUGCCGUCCGGCUGAGUUCCGGUGCAACACCGGACAAUGUGUGGCCAAGAAUCGAUUCUGCGACGGACAUAACGACUGUGGAGACUUGUCUGAUGAACCGCACGAGUGUUCGUGUUACACGUACUUGAAAAUAACCGAUCCAUCGAAAAUCUGCGAUGGUUUCCGCAAUUGCUGGGACAAAUCGGACGAGAACCCUCGGCUGUGCAAGUGUACCACAAACAGCUUCCGAUGUGGCGAGAGUGGCACCUGCGUUCCAUUUGAUUUCGUUUGUGACGGCGAGAUCGAUUGUCCCAGCAGUGAGGAUGAAAAAUUCUGCUACGCAUUGCAACAGAAUCCAACUGAAACAAAUUACGGUGAAGUGAUGAAGCAAAGCUUUGGUAUCUGGCACUCCAAGUGCUUCCCGAAGGACGUCAGGUACGACGACCAGACAAUAAAGGAGAUUUGUGACAGCAUCGGGUACCACCGCAUCGCAAAGGUUUACGGACGCAAGAUGCUGCACGAAUCCCGACUACGAACGGCCAACAGUACUGACAAUCCGGUAGACCGGCUGCGCAAGGCGGCCACCAAGGCCGUAGUGCUGAAUAAAUUCUCCAAGGUGCUGAUCAACGAGAAGCAGUCCUACUUCAUGAAGCCGAGCCGACCGAUGUUCAAGCUGGUUAACUGGGACGAGCAUGAUGAACAGAAUUGUGAUCGACUGGAAAUUAAUUGUGGAGAAUGAUUAUGGCGAUUUUAC